UGGGCGUAGUAAUACAUUUUUCAUUAAUUUCACAUGUUUUGGAUUCAGAAAUGGUUGGUUACAAUUAUUGAUGAUGAUUAACGCUUGAUUCACACCAGACUCAUUUUCUCAUUAACCAAACAGACGAAUUUAUUAGGGUUCCAAAUUUCUCAGCAUCACCUUCCUUGCUUUGCCUGCAAUGUCUGACAUCGAAAAUCACGCGUAUCACGGUGCUUCUUCCCCCGAAAAGAUGAGUUGGCUGAAUGUUUUUAAAUACCUCAGCCAAGUUCCCGGGGAUCUGGUCAUGAGAGCACAAGGGUGAGAAGGAGAGAUGGAGACAGGAAAACUUUUCAUGACAACCGUGACCGUCACAGAGAUGAUAAAUAUGAGGGUUUUAGAGGAAGAGGAAGAUAUGAUGGUUAUAAUCGUCAACGCAGCCGUGAUUAUGAUAGGCAUAAUGACUAUGAUCGUGAUAGAGAUACAAGGCACAGAUAUGGGGCACAUUCAAAGAGAUCCAGGAGGGAAUCUAGAUCUAGAUCACGGUCCAGGUCCCCUUCUCAAUCAGAAGGAAAAAGGACCUCUGGUUUUGACAUGGCACCACCUGCUACGGGUGUUACACCCGCUGUUUCAGAAGGCAAUGUUUGGCUGCAUGUUCUACCAACCUAUCUACCAGCGUACACCCUGUAGCAUAUUCAAUGGCUGGCUUGUACAUUCUGUUGCUGGACCUUUCAUUCUCAACUGGCAAAAGUUGCCUAUUGGGCAAAUGCCAGGGAUUGCUCAUACAAUUCAAGGAGCUACACACAAUUUCUCACCAUAUGGGAUGUCACAGAUUGGAGCUCUUUCCUUAAUGCAAGUUCAACCUAUGACACAGCAGGCUACAAGGCACGCUCGGCGAGUGUAUGUUGGCGGGCUCCCUCCUUUUGCUAACGAGCAGGCAAUUGCAUCUUUCUUUAGCCAUGUCAUGAUUGCUAUUGGGGGAAAUUCUGCUGGAUCAGGUGAUUCGGUUGUCAAUGUCUACAUUAAUCACGAGAAGAAAUUUGCGUUUGUGGAGAUGAGAACCGUUGAAGAAGCUAGCAAUGCAAUGGCUUUAGAUGGAAUAGUAUUUGAGGGUGUUGCUGUGAGGGUUCGUAGGCCAACUGACUAUAACCCUUCGUUAGCUGCAGCUCUAGGUCCUUGCCAGCCCAGUGCAAACCUCAACUUAUCUGCUGUUGGACUUACUGCAGGUACAAUUGGUGGAGCCGAGGGACUUGAUCGCAUCUUUGUGGGUGGGCUGCCAUACUACUUUACUGAAGCACAAAUGAGAGAAUUGCUUCAAGCUUUUGGUCCUCUCCGAAAUUUUGACAUAGUUAGAGAUAAAGAAACGGGAAACUCUAAAGGAUAUGGUUUCUGCAUUUAUCAGGAUCCAGCAGUAACAGACAUUGCUUGCGCCUCUCUUAAUGGCCUUAAAAUGGGAGAUAAAACAUUGACUGUAAGGCGUGCUACUGUCAGUGGACAUUCUAAACCAGAAGAGGAUAACAUCUUUGCACGGGCACAACAGCAUAUAGCUAUGCAGAAAAUAGCUUUGGAAGUGGUUGGACUAAAUAUUCCAGGAGUUGAAAGAGGCCCAUCAAACGAAGAAAGCCCCACUAAAGUUGUAUGUUUAACUCAGGCCGUCACUACCGAACAGUUAAAUGAUAAUGGAGAAUAUGAAGAAAUAUUGGAAGACAUGCGGGAUGAGUGCUGCAAAUUUGGGACCUUGAUGAAUGUUGUUAUUCCUCGUCCAAAUCCAAAUGGAGAGCUGUCUGCAGGUAUUGGAAAGGUGUUCUUGGAAUACUCAGAGUGUAGUUCUUCUUUAGCUGCAAAAAAUGCUCUAAAUGGUAGGAAAUUUGGGGGCAAUAUUGUUACUGCUGUUUAUUAUCCAGAGGAAAAAUAUCAUAGUAUGGAAUAUGAUUUAUAAUCAUUUGUAGAACUGAAGUUUUUACAUGUAAUUUUGGUUCAGGUUUAUCACUAUAAUGAUGCCAUUUUCAUUGAUAUGUACAUGUUAAAUGACUCUCGUUUUAACCAAUAAAAUGAUUACAGGUUUUUCAA